AAGUUAUACGUCCUAGGUAAUUUUAUUGAUGUAAAAUUUGCUAAGCGAGAAACAGUAAUUUGAUAAUAUAAUAGCUCAAUAAUACUUUUUAUCUACUUUCAUUAAGAAAAAACGUAAAAAACAUAUACAGUAAUGGGUGAUAUAAAAUCCUUUUUUCACCAGUGGUGUGGAAAAAACGGGAAAGAUCCACAAUUUGAUGUAAGACCAACAGGCCCGAAACAUAGACAACGUUUCCUGUGCGAAUUACGUGUACCAGGCUUUGAUUACGUUGGUGCAGGAAAUUCUACUAAUAAAAAAGAUGCUCAAGGAAAUGCAGCUAGAGAUUAUGUUAAUUAUUUAGUUCGUGCAGGACAUGUCAAUCAAAAUGAUGUUCCUAAAGAUACAUCUAAUUUAAUACCACCAGUAUUAGGGCCAGAUCAUAUCAAAUUGGAACCGUUACCUCCAAUAAAAUCAGUUUUUCAAGAUGGAAUGGGUCCUAAUGAUAUAGGCCAAGCAUAUCGACCAUAUAACGAACAUGGUCAAAGUAACUAUACGUAUAUAGAUAGGUUGGCCGAUCAAAAGAAGGUAGAAGACGCAGAGGAUGUUGAUGUCAAUUCUGGAAUUCAUGGAAAUUGGACUAUAGAAAAUGCUAAAUCAAAACUGCAUCAGUUUAUGCAAACUAACAAAAUUAAUGCAGAUUAUAAAUAUACCCCAGUGGGUCCAGAUCAUACGAGGAGUUUCAUGGCAGAAAUGACAUUUUAUGUAAAACAACUUGGACGAAAUGUUACUGGCCGUGAAACAGGAUCUAACAAACAAACUGCAUCAAAAAGCUGUGCCUUGUCUAUUGUUCGACAAUUAUAUCAUCUUGGUGUCAUUGAAGCAUUUAGUGGUACUUUAAAAAAAAAUAAAGAUGCAGAACAAAUAAAACCUUAUCCAGUUAAAAUCUCACCAGAACUGGAAUCUCAAAUUCACGAUCUAUUAAGAAGCUUGGAAAUAAAACCUAUUGAAGUUAAGCACACAGAGAAUUUAAAAAAAAAUCCAACGCAACAUACUUCUUCACAUUCUCAUCCAAGCGUAGGAGUUUCACUGUUAACAAAUCAAAUUCUAGAUGAUUUCAUAUCAUCUGUGCCACAACCUGCAGGUGUAGUUAGUUGGUCUCCUCCACAACAAAAUUGGAAUCCAUGGACUGGAUGUAACAUUGACGAAGGCCCCAUGGCAACAAUGUCUUUGGAUAGAUUAUCAGAGGAAUUAAUGCAUGAGCAACGAGAAAGACUGCAACAAGAUUCUAAAUUACUAAGUAGUAUAAAAGAGAGAUCAACUUUACCAGUCUUUCUAAAGAAAAACGAAAUUAUGAAUGCUAUUAAUGAUAAUCCGGUCAUUAUUAUUCGUGGAAACACAGGCUGCGGAAAGACGACUCAAGUUUGUCAGUUCAUUUUGGACGAUUAUAUUGCAUCUGGUCAAGGUGCAUUAUGCAGCAUUGCUAUUACUCAACCUAGACGAAUUUCAGCAGUAUCUGUGGCAGAUCGUGUCGCAGCCGAAAGAUGCGAAAGUUUGGGACAAUCGGUUGGUUAUUCCGUACGUUUUGAAUCAUGCUUGCCUAGACCCUACGGAGCUAUAAUGUUCUGUACUGUUGGUGUACUCUUAAGAAAAUUAGAAGGAGGGCUUCGAGGAGUGUCGCACGUAAUUGUAGACGAAAUUCAUGAAAGAGAUGUUAAUUCUGACUUCAUCAUGGUUGUUCUGCGCGAUAUGAUACACAUGUAUCCCGAUCUAAGAAUUAUUCUUAUGUCGGCUACAAUUGACACGACGCUGUUUAGUGAAUAUUUCAAUAAUUGUCCAGUAAUUGAAAUCCCUGGAAGAUCAUUUCCCGUUCAACAAUAUUUCUUGGAAGAUUGCAUACAAUUGACUAAUUUCGUUCCACCCAUGGAUUUAAAGAAACGUAAGAAUCGUGAUUCGGAUGAUCUACCUUCGGACGGAGAACCCGAAGAAAAUUUAAAUAAAGUUAUCAGUCCUGAUUAUUCCAUUCAAACAAAAAAUGCCAUGGCACAACUUACCGAGAAAGAAAUAAGUUUCGAAUUGAUAGAAGCUUUAUUACAAUAUAUUAAGGGACAAGGUAUUCUUGGUGCAGUUCUGAUCUUUUUACCUGGCUGGAAUUUGAUAUUUGCAUUGAUGAAACACUUGCAACAACAUCCUAUUUUCGGUGGGAUGAGUUAUAUCGUUAUUCCGUUGCAUUCGCAAUUACCAAGAGAAGAUCAAAGAAAAGUAUUCGACCCUGUACCUUCUGGCGUGACAAAAAUAAUAUUGGCUACAAAUAUUGCAGAAACUUCUAUUACUAUCAAUGAUGUAGUAUAUGUAAUAGACUCGUGUAAAGCUAAAAUGAAAUUAUUUACUUCUCAUAAUAAUAUGACUAACUACGCUACUGUAUGGGCAAGCAAAACAAAUUUAGAACAACGUAAAGGACGUGCAGGUCGUGUCAGACCUGGAUUUUGUUUUCAUCUUUGCUCAAGGGCAAGAUAUAAUAGAAUGGACGAACAUAUGACUCCGGAGAUGUUUAGAACACCUUUGCAUGAAUUAGCAUUGAGUAUCAAAUUAUUAAGAUUGGGCAGUAUUGGUAAAUUUUUAUCAAAAGCUAUCGAACCACCGCCCAUAGAUGCUGUAAUCGAAGCUGAAGUUGUACUGAGAGAAAUGAAAUGUUUGGACAAGAAUGAUGAAUUGACACCUCUCGGUAAGAUUUUAGCUCGCUUGCCGAUAGAGCCAAGAUUAGGAAAAAUGAUGAUUUUGGGAUGUAUGUUUCGAGUUGGAGAUGCACUUUCCACGAUGGCUGCAAAUAGUACUACAUUCCCUGAGGUGUAUAAUAUGGCUCCUGACGUACGCCGACUGACCACGCAACAAAAAUGGUUUGCAGGCGCAAGAUAUAGCGAUCACGUCGCUAUGUUACAUGCUUUCCAAGCAUGGGAAGAUGUUAGAGCUUCGGGUGAAUACGCAGAACAAGCGUUUUGCGACUCGAAGAAUUUAAGCUUACCUACUUUAAGGGUGACAUGGGAAGCAAAAAAUCAGUUACAAGCUCUUUUGCAAAGUGCUGGAUUCCCAGAAGAAACGCUUUGUCCAAAUCUAUUAAAUUAUCAAUCGGGUGCUGAUGUUGAACUCGAUACGAUAACUGCUUUGUUAUGUAUGGGACUUUAUCCGAACGUUUGUUAUCACAAAGAAAAACGCAAAGUUCUUACAACCGAAUCAAAAGCUGCUCUUAUUCAUAAGACAUCCGUUAAUUGUAGUAACUUCGAACAAAACUUUCCAUUCCCAUUUUUUGUAUUUGGAGAAAAGAUUCGUACAAGAGCCGUGUCUUGUAAACAAAUGACCAUGGUAUCACCGAUUCAUUUGCUAUUAUUUGGAUCUCGAAAGGUGGAAUAUGUGGAUGGUUUGGUAAAAUUGGACAAUUGGAUUAAUUUAGAUAUGAAUCCACAGCAUGCUGCUGCUAUCGUUGCAUUAAGACCUGCUUUGGAAAGUCUCGUUAUAAGAGCUGCGAAAGAUCCAGAAACGAUUUUAGAUCUGAGCACGGUAGAGCAAAAGGUUUUAAAUGUUAUCAAAUCGCUCUGCGGUAUGAACGCUUGUAGAUACGAGUUAGAUCAAAUCAGUAGCAGUGGAUUUCAAUCGCGUAGAUCUCCGAGAGGUCAUCCUACUCCCGGUUUUGCUAGAGAUGAAGCAACUCCAUUGAAAAUGAUGCGAGGAAAUGGCGGAUUUCGUAGACCUUCGGGAAGUUACAGAGGAAAUAAUUUUGGUGGAAAUUCUAGUGGAUUUAGUAGCGGAUUUGGAAUGGGUAGUCGAUUUGGAAGAGGUGGAAAUUGGGGUGGUGGUAGAGGAAGAUUUCGUGGAAGAUAUUAAUUAUUAUACUAGUAGACUUGAUGUAAUUUAAUGUUUCAUGUAAUUUCAUUUUUCACGUAUACACGAGUGUUAAAGAACAAAACGACAAGUAAGCGAUACUUGUCUAUUGCAUUCAGUAUAAUAGAUUAAUUAAUGAUAAUUGAGUUAUGUAUGCACUAUAUAUUUCUUUUAUUGCUGUCACUAUUCUGAUGUUGAAUAUACUACUUUAAUUAACAUCAUAAUAAAACUUUAAAUAAAAUAAAAUUUGCACGAAAAACAAAAA